GACACGCGGAGAGAGAGACACGGGGGGAGAGACAGAGAGAGAGACACGAGGGGAGAGAGACACGGGGAGAGAGACACAGAGAGAGAGACACAGAGAGAGAGACACGGGGGGAGAGAGAGACACGGAGAGAGAGACACACAGAGAGAGAGACACGGGGAGAGAGACAGGGAGAGAGACACUGCGAGACAGACACUGCGAGACAGAGACAAGGGGAGACACAGAGACACACAAGGAUAGGGGAGACACAGAGAGGAUAAGGGACAGGCAAGACCAUCCAGAUAUGUAGACUGAUAAGAGACAGAGAGACAGAAAAGUGCAGACAGGCAGACGGCAUACACCCAUUUACACACCCACAAAGACACGAAAUUUUGGACAGACACACACACACAGACAUCGACAUUAAUAUCACUUGACACACACAGACACCCACACACACCCACAGACACACCUAGCAACACACACAGACACACCUAGACACACACAGACACACCUAGCAACACAGACACACACACCCACAGACACACCUAGACACACAGACAGACACACACAGACACACCUAGCAACACACACACAGACACACCUAGCAACACAGACACACACACACAGACACACCUAGACACACACAGACACACCUAGCAACACAGACACACACAGACACACCUAGCAACACACACACAGACACACCUAGCAACACACACAGACACACACACACAGACACACCUAGCAACACACACAGACACACCUAGACACACACACAGACAGACACACACCUAGAUACACACACAGACACACAGACACACCUAGACACACACACAGACACACGCACACCUAGACACACAGACAGACACACAGACACACCUAGCAACACACACAGACACACCUUGCAACACAGACACACACAGACACACCGAGACACACACACAGACACACACACACCUAGACACACAGACAGACACACACACAGACACACACAGACAUACAGACACACAGACACACACAGACACACACACAGACACACCUAGACGCACACACACAGACACACCUAGCAACACAGACAGACACACCGAGACACACACACAACCACUCACACACCUAGACACACAGACACACACACACAGACAGACACACACACACAGACACACAGACAGACACACAGACAGACACACACCUAGCCACAGACACACACACAAAGACACACACAGACAGACACACACACCUAGACACACACACAGACAGACACACAGACAGAAACACAGACAGACACACACAAAUAGACACACACACAAAGACACACACACAGACAGACACACACACAGACAGACACACACAGACACACACACAGACACACAGACAGACACACACAGACAGACACACACACACAGACAGACACACACACACAGACACACACACAUACAUACACAUACACACACAGACACACACACAGACACACACAGACACACACACAGACACACACACCUAGCCACACACACAGACACACACACACAGACAGACACACACACACCUAGACAGACACACACAGACACACACACACCUAGCCACACACACACAGACACACAGACAGACACAGACACACACAGACACACACCUAGACACAUACACACAGACACACACACACACACCUAGACACACACAGACAGACACACACAGACAUACACACACCUAGACAGACACACAGACACACACACACAGACAUACACACAGACACACACACACACACACCUAGACAGACACACACAGACAGACACGGCCACGCCAUGGCCAGCUUCUCGUCUCGCCAGCGGCUGAGACACGGUCGCGCUGUGCCGGAGCUGAGACCCGAGUUCAUGUCUCUGCUGGUGCAAGCGACGGCUCGGACCACCACCAGCAACAACAACAACCACAACCACCAGCAGCACCACCACCACCAGCACCACCUCAACCACCUGAACCACCUCCAGCAGCUGAACCAGCAGCAGCAGCAGAAAGGAGCAGCACCACGUGGUACAGAGCAUCUGGCAGCGAGGAGAGAGUCAAUGAACCUGCCCGAGUCGGACUGCAUGAGGCUUAACCCCUCCCUCCGUGGCAUCGCCUUCAGGUCACUGGUGGCGGUGGACCUGAGCGCAUCUCGCGGCCUGGUCGCGUGGUGUGGCUCUCGACAGAUGCUUCGGGUGCUGGGGUUGACGGGACACGGAGCGGCCUGGGUCGGGGGGACCGCCUACUGCCUCUGGCAGAGCGACUCAGCGGCCGGGAGGGAAGUCUUGCUCAACCUACUGCUGGCGCUGAUCUUCGACAUCGUCGUCGCCGUCACCAUCAAGGGCCUGGUGCGCCGCAAGGGCCCCUCCUACUGCGACCCAGCCGCCCCUCACCACCCUCCGCAGCGCGGCGCGCCAUCCUCGCCCUUCGCCUCCUCCUCCCCCUUCUCGAGCGCCGUCUCCCUCGCCGCCUCCGCCCCGCCCGCCCCCUACUACUCCUCGUCAGCCUCCCCGACGUUCUACGCCGGCGCCGGCGGCAGGAACCCCGCCGGCGCCGCCGCCCCGUCCGCCCCGUCCCGCCUGCUCCCGCCGCUGCUCCGCCGGGCCCUGGAGGCUUCGGCCUUCUCGUUCCCCGCCAACCAGGCGACGCGCGCCGCCCUGCUGGUGCUCUUCUUGCCGCGCCACCUGGUGCUGGGCUUCCCGCUGCGCGUGCUGCUGCUGCUGUGGGCGCUGCUGGUGGGGCUGCUGCGCGUCGCGCUGGGCCACCACUACGUCACCGACGUGCUGUGCGGAUUCGCCGUCGGCUGCGCGGAGGCUCGCCUCGUCGAGGCCCUCUGGGUGUCGGCCGCUGGCUUCCAGGCGCUCGCCAGGGCCGUGGGGCUGCCGGUGUGA